AAGUUGAACGUUCGCACACAAUAAUUCCUCAUGAUGAAGACUCAGAGUUUGAUAUUCUAUCAACUUUUGAUCGACGAGGAGAGUAUAUAUUUUCUGGAAAUACAAAAGGUCGAAUUCAAGUUGUUCGGGUGAAGCCUGGAACGAUUGAUAUUGAAGUUGUCACCUCUUUCCGUGUAUCUCAUGCUGCAAUCAAACAAAUAGAAUUUGCGCCUCGUAAUAAAAAUGUUUUUCUUGUUAACUCUGCCGAUAGAACUAUUCGAGUAUAUGAUUUCAAAGAUGUUCUCAAUCAUGGCCGAAAUGGCUCUGAAAGUGGCAGUGAUUCUCAAACCUCUAACUUAACUCUUUCUGAGCCGGAACCUAUUCAAAGAUUGAUGGAUUUGGUAAACAGAACUACCUGGAAAAAGUGCUGCUUCAGUGGAGGACAGGAUUCGGAUUAUAUAUGUGCAGUUUCUGCAAAAAAUCAUUCUCUCUAUGUUUGGGAAAGAAACGUUGGUUCUUUAUUGAAAAUUCUUGUUGGAACAAAAGGCGAAACAUUGAGCGAUGUUGUUUGGCAUCCUGUAAGGCCAGUUAUUGUUUCUAUAGCAUCAGGCAUUUUGUCAAUAUGGUCUUCGACUCAGGUUGAAAAUUGGUCAGCAUUUGCUCCAGAUUUUAAAGAAUUAGAAGAAAAUAUUGAAUAUGAAGAAAGAGAAUCUGAAUUUGAUGAUGAAGAUGAUGAUAGAUCAAUAACAAGAGCAGAAGUUUCUUCUUUAGAAGAUGAAGAAAUUGAAGUUGAUGUUGAGCAGCCGCCUAAAAUCGAUGCUUUCCUAAGCAGUGAUGAGGAAGAAGAAGAUCAGGAAGCUUUGAUCUAUUUUCCAAUUUCUGUUGACAUUGAUGACACCGAAAUGGAUGGUGUUGAUGAGAAU